AAAGGGAGCAGAGAGCAGCAGAGGUAGCACCGAGGUAUUAGAAUCGCGUUUGGGAGAAGAGAAAAUCGCAUCGAAAAUGAGCGGAACGGUGAAGAAAGUUACCGAUGUGGCUUUCAAGGUGGGUAGGACCAUCGAUUGGGAUGGAAUGGCGAAGCUUCUCGUCUCCGAUGAGGCUCGCAGAGAGUUCGCCAACCUUCGUCGCGCUUUCGACGAGGUUAACUCCCAACUCCAGACCAAGUUCAGCCAGGAGCCUGAGCCCAUAGAUUGGGAUUAUUACAGAAAAGGAAUUGGCACCCGUUUGGUCGAUAUGUACAAGGAGCAUUAUGAGAGCAUAGAGAUCCCCAAGUUUGUCGACACAGUAACUCCUCAAUAUAAGGCUAAAUUUGACUCACUUUUGGUUGAACUUAAAGAAGCAGAGGAGAAAUCUCUGAAGGAGUCUGAAAGAUUGGAAAAGGAAAUUGCUGAUGUACAAGAGCUGAAGAAAAAGCUUAGUACGAUGACGGCAGAUGAGUACUUUGCCAAGCAUCCUGAGCUGAAGAAAAAGUUUGAUGAUGAGAUCAGGAAUGAUAACUGGGGCUAUUGAUUUUCAAUUAGCAAAACAUCAGAAAUUGAUGUUUUCCUUGCUGGUUCAAUAAUAACAACUACAUUGAUUUCUUUGUAACUCGGUUCCCUUGCAGUUUAAAGGUUCUUAUUAUCACUGUCGAUAUUUUUUGUGGUGCUGUAGUUAAUCACUUAAGACUACACCUGAGUCGUCAACAAACUGCUGUCUUGUGGUUUGUGGUCAGAAAAUUUCAAGAUAAUGCUGGUUUGUGUUUUUCUAAAUAAAUUAUGUUUACCCAGUAAAAAAAAUAUAUUUUUCUUUCA